AAGUUUACAUCGACUGCUGUUUGACUGGCGUCUAUUUUGCCUCAUCAUCACCUACACACAUACGCAAACACAUACACACCAUUGACAGGGGUGACACACCAGUCCUCAUCAUAUACAAGAACAGUCACUUUGCCAAAUCACCGCCCAUAUCACACGAUAAGCCAUAGAAAUAUACAGACAGCAAUGGAAGGCUCCUGGCCAUUAUUCGAAACCACCGACUCCAUCAUCGAAGUCCUCUGGGACAUCGCCCUCGCUGUUUUCGUUAUCCGCGUCUCCUUCUACUAUUUCCUCCUCACCUUCCUCACCAGCCUACUCCUCGGCUACAUUGCCUAUGCUGAACUCAUACCCAUCACCACCUUCGCUCACUUUCUCUCCUCCUCUGGCCCCGACCACAACAACCGCAUUCUCUGCUUGACCAUCCUCCUAACCAUCACCUCAGCAAUAUGGGCUCACCUUGUCCUCCGCCACUAUGAGGUACCCCGCGUCGCCUAUUUAAGGUUAGCCAUCUGCUCCAUGGCGCUGGCAUUCAUGGUCUCGGCUGAGAUGGUGGUGGCUUUUGUGCUGUAUGAGGAAGGGUAUGGAGGGUGGAUGUGGGAGGAGAUGAAGAGCGUGGCAGGCAUGGCUUGGGGAGGUUGGAUGGUGAUGUACGCAGUGAUGCCAGUGUUGCUCAUGAGGGCGGAGAAGAGGAUGGAGGAGAAGAUGGAUGAUAGAACAGGAGGGCUGCGGCUGCGGCUUGGGUAUUAUGGAGGUAAGACGGUACUGCAUAAGUUACCGACUAUCAACGAGGAGAAGGCGGUGAUGUAGUGGGCCACACCAUUGGCAAGUAGAGGCUGGGAGGUGUUGGCACGGAGUCUACAAGUAUUGGAGGUUGGGUGGUUGAUGAACUUUAUGAAUAUUGAGAAUCGUUGGAAUGAUUGGGAAGCGAUGAAGCUAUUUCCUCGUCAACAAAAGGGUCAUUAUGCAAUCCUGUAGUGGGCUGGGGAUAGGUUACGUCGUGUAGACGAGAAUUUAACCCCUAACAGAGUAGUGUCUCUCACAUUCAAUUGCCGCGCACCUGGAGGGAGCGUUGGGCAUGACGUGGAGGGAGCGUUGGGCAUGACGUGGAGGGAUAUUCAGAGCUAUCGCCCUGUUCCACCAAAUGCUAAUGUCGCUGGAAUGUUGCACUUUAGGUAUGCAUGAUAGCACCGUGUAUUACAUAUGUGAGUUUUAAAUCGGUAUCAGG